GAUCUCGAUGUUAUAUGAACAGUCAUAGCCCAAGGCGUUUAGCGUGAGGUCGAAAUAAUAAUAAGUUUAACUUACCUGAACAAAGUGCGUGUCAGAGAUUUCUUCAGAGAAUUCUUAACUGAUCGAUACGACAAUUUGGCAGAAACGAGACCAGCAUAAUGGACAUAAAAAUCAGACUGUUUUUAAUAACUGUGAUUGUGUUAUUUGUUUUUGAUACAGAAGGUAUCAAAAUCUUGGGAAGAAUUGGUAGUGGAACAAGAGUUUCUAACGGGAGAAGCACCUUUUGGCAGACAAGCUCUAAUUCACGUAAAACAGGAUGGAAUCAACCAUCAAAUAGCUAUUACAAAGGAUCGAUAUCUAGAACUAGUCAUGCUAAUCCGACGUCUUUAUCUGAAUUUGGUUUUGGAACUAACACAGAAAAUAUGCAAUCAAGAUAUCCAUCAAUAAAUAAUUCACCAUCACAUCAUUUAUCAGACGGAUAUCCUCAGCAGCCCAUCAAAAAUUCUUACCGCGGCACAGGCCUGAUUUAUCCGCCCAUCAACCCAAAUCCUUCGUACCCUAAUUAUGAAGAUCACGAUCAUGUAAUAUAAUUUCUUUUGGUUUUUAUUCUUGUAAUGAGAUAAAGAAUGAGGCCAAAAACAGGCCAAAAAUCGUUUGUUUCGUUAGCCUUGAACAAUGUCUGUAGAUGAACGACGGGAGAGGAAGAAAGGUCUCCGCAUCCAUUGUUAAACAUUUGGCCCCAACAUGACGGGGGCUAAUACAUCAAUUCCACCUUCUCCACAUUCCACUUUUACUACUACUCACUAACUCUUCUCGUACAACAAACACUACACAUACAUUUUAUGGCCCCAAAAUGACGCUCAUGCAAAGACCUUCCUUCUCCUCCUGUCGUUCAUCUACAGACCUUGCCCUUGAAUUUCGAGUUGAAUUUGAGGCUAAACAAUAGUUAUAUAUAAGAUAUUAAUACCCUAGAAGUUUCAGAUUGAGCCCACUCAUUAUCUUCAAGAUAUAAGAGGUCAAAAUUUACAUUCUGCAUGAAGUGCCUUAUCCACUACUUCCAAAAAAUCUACGUACAGAAAAUAAGAUUAUGAUAUAUGUCAUAAAGUUUAGAUCUUAGAUAUGUAUAUACAUAUACACGUGUGCGCGCGUGUGUGCAUGUGUGUACCCGCGCGCGCUAUCAUGCAGCAGUCAGUUACCGAAGUCAUCUGAAUCAAUCCCCUUCAAAAUUGCGGUGCAUUGGUUCUUACAACAUCGAUCCCGCGUCAGUUCUUUCGAAAGCUAAAGUACGAUUCUUGUACGUACAUAGUCAUGAAGACCUCAGCAUCUCGCAAAAUGAAUCAGAACAGUUGAUAGGAACUUUUAGCCUUCAUUUUAUGCGAACUUUGAUCCCUCAUAUCUUAAAGAUAAAAAGUAGACUCAAUUUAAAACUUUCAAAGGAACAAUGUCUUGUACAUAACUAUGGUUUAACACUGAAUUCAAGUCUAAAUUUGGAGAAACAGACGAUUUUUGGCCUCACUCUUUGUUACAAUGACAUAAAAUGUAUAUUGCGAUUUAUUAAAAAAAGUUUUGCAAUAAA